CCCGCCCUCCUUGACGCCUGAGGCCCACUGGCAGGAGGCUGGGACCCCUGGCCAGGUAGUCAGGGCAGGGCCUGCUUCUGGGCAGAAGCCCCCCUGGGUGUGGCAGCAGCUGGGCGGAGUGUCCCCUCCGAGCCUUUCCCUCCCUUUCUCCCUUCCUCCUGAGUCCAGGAGCCACUUACUCAGGCCAGUGCCUCCCCAACGGGACUCCCAGAGGGAGCUCUGGGGCCAGGCACUCAGGACAGCAGGAGUCCUCAGGGCGAGGGGCAAGGGCGAGGGUUCGGUGUCUGGCGCUCCCGGUGUGGGAGCCAUUUGUGGGCCACAGAGGGAAUGAAACGUGAUGGCUCGUCACCGCAUUGCUCUGUGGGUGGGCCACUGGGCACCUGCCGUCCCCUGAAUAGAAAAGAGUUAGGCCGGCCGGAUGCACUGUUACCUCUACAACCGCCGCCCCAACCACGACCUCAGCCACUUUCAACUCCAUCCACUUUCCACCACCUGUCCUGCCAUGGACCCGCCCCAGCACCCCCCGCUGGGCCACCACCUCCCCCUUCACCACUGUCACCCACUCCAUCGGCCCCUCCUGACAUGACCAGCACCCUCCCCACCACCUUCAAGGCCACCCGCACCACCACUCCCAUCUUUUGCACUAUUGACACCCUCACCGGGCCCUGUCCGAGCGGCCACCACCAGCCCCUCCACCACCGUGGCCACCGUCAUGUGCUCUCUCCCCCGGCGACCACGGCACUCCCCAUGCCGAUGCGGGAAGCUUCCGCACCUUGGCAGCAGCAUUUGCUGACGUGACAGUGGUAGGAGGGGGCCGCCGUCCUCUCUGUAGGCCAGGACUGACUUCCAGAAGUGCGUCGUGGACAGCGCAGAGCUGUGCUCAGGGUCUGCAGGGGCCGGAGCAGCUUGGAAGUGGGAAAACUCACGCUGGCACCAUUUGAACAGAACACCGUCAAAAUGCUCCUAAAGCAUCUGGGCCAGGCUCAGCUUUCCCCCUCACAGUCACGGGUGAAAAUAUUCUUAAGACGGCUGACCUUCUUAAUAGCCUCACCAAAAACAUCUACUCUUAGCAAAACAACUGGGAGAAAUGGUUCUAAAGUGGAAAGAUCUACUAGGAAAACAAACAGUUUCAUCAGAAAUGAACAUUAUGGCCGCUAACAAAACAUAUAUCUCCAUGAGACCUUUUUCCGGAAACAAAGAUAAUAUUGGAAAAACAAGUGUCCAUGUGGACAUAAGUAGCCACGCUGUGCCUUCUCUUCCUUCAGCGAGAAAGACCGUGGGAUUCCUGAGGGUGCCAUGCCCGGACAGCUUGCCUGACGGCGCCGGGAGGGCGCGGGGGUCCCGCACGAGCAGGCCGGUGGGUGGCUCCGAUUAAAGCUAAGUGAGAGAAGGGAAGGUGUUUAUUCCAAAGCAGGUGAUCUGGCCAGUGCCUCCCAUGCCUACCUGGUGGCUACGCCUGGAUAUCAGAGGGCAGAUGGGGAAACUGAGGCUCAGAAUGCAGAUUCAGGGGCCUUUAGACCACCCUGUCCAGCUGCCUCCUUAGCAUUGCAUCUCAAACUUAGCAGGACCCAGACAGAGGUCCUGCUUCCUCCCUAGGGCCACCGUAGCCUUUUGAUGCCUCCCUCCUUUCCCUUGUCCCCUCCUUGUUGGAGACUUAGAAAUACAUCCCACUCCUCAGCGCCUGCAUGGCCACAGCCCUGGGCAGGGCCACCGUUCCCACCCGCCUGGAUGCAUGUAGGUGCCUCCUCGCUGGCCUUUGUCUCCCGGUCCUGCCCCUCGAGCCUGUGCAUCAGGCGGCUGAAGCAGCGUUACCAAAUGUGAAUGAGAUCCUGGCUCUCCUUCCAGCCCUUACCUGCUCCUGGCCCUGAGGCUGGGUGGUCUGGCCCCCUUGUCCCCGCCACACCCUCCAGCUCUGUCUCCUGUGCUGGCCCCUGACCCCACCUCAGUCGUUGCCCUUUGGUGUCCACUUCCUGCGUGUGGACGUGUGCCCUGCGAGCCACGGAGGGAUGACCUCACAGUACGUAUGUCCGUAUGUCUACGUUCACAUCUCAUGGCAGCCGGCUGUGGACACGGGCCCUUGCACAUGUGUCUAUGCACACGGUCACUCGUUUCCUGGCUCUGUCCACUGAGGGAGAGCGACGCUGCGACACCCCCCAGUGCCAAGCACCCCUGGUGCUCGGAUCCUGCUUGCCAAACACCAGUUCUCCCUGGAAGGAACCAGGACUCUCUGGAGGUGAGGGAGCCCUGGCAGGGAAAGUGCAAAAUGCACCUGGGAAUCAGUCACACGCAGGAGGAAGAAGAGUGCUCCAAGAAUGGCUGGGAUGUGUCCAGAGGACACAGAGGCCAUCAAACAGGCUCCCUGGCCAUACGGAGGCGGGGGGGGGGGGGGGGCAAUCUGAGCAUUAAAAUAAUGGUAGUAAUAGGUUUUAAGCCAUUGGAUAAAGGGGGAGCCAGUGAGCUCGCACUGGUAAAAGGAAAUAAACGAUUAAGUGUGUAAAUGGGAGGAAGUAGUGUGGACGGCCUCACAUCAACCUCUAGCUUCCCGACCUGGGUCCUGCAUGUGCGCUUCCAGCAGAGAGAAUUCUUGUCUGCCCUUCACUCUCCAACAGCUCAGGAAACAUUGCAUAGAGACAGACGGACAGACAGACAGAGGGGGGAGAGCGCGUGCACGGGGCAAAUCUGAGCAGUGGGAGCGUGUGGAUUAAGAGUGGGAGGACAUUCCUGGCUGCGACCUUGCGUAACGCUGUCAGCUUGACUUUACGUCAAAACUGAGCGAAUGCCUCCUGGUGAGAACACCCUUGUGUCUGUGCCCAGAGCACCUGGCCACACACCUGGCCAGCCCCACUGGGAGGCAAGCCUGGCCAGCUGGGAAUGAGUCCGGGGUCCCCACUCCGUAGCUCUCGGUGACCGUAUGAACUUUGGAGCUAGAAGCGACCAGCUCGCCAAACCCUGUCCUUCCAGACAACUCACCAUGGCAACCUCGUGCACUCCUUCGCCAGUGACUUGUUCCCUCGUUCAUUUAUUCAUUCACUCAUUCAUUCAUUCCAAAACCUUGACUGAGCCCUUGCUCGGAAUCGAGGAGUCCAGAUGCACUAACAGCAGUGUUUUGGUUUUAGUAUUACCAUCAUCCUUGUCUAUUUUGUUCACCGCGCUAUCUUGGCUGCUGGAAGAGAGCUAGCUUCUAGAAGCUUCUAGGUCAAUGUUGUUGUUCAUCUUCUGAUCAGUGGGAUGGUACAGGCGUAAUCCCACCAUCCAAAAACAACACUUUUAACAUUUUGGUGAAAUUCUUCUUGAUCUGUUUGCAAGCAUACCUAGGGUCCCACGAGACAAACCUGGGGCUCCCAUUUCGUGCAAGUUUCUAUUUUGCAUAUUUCUUUCGGUACUUUAGGCUGUGAGCAUUUCCCAUGCCCUAAAUUUAUAGAAACAUGCUUUUAGGUGACAGUGUAAUAUUCCUUCCUGUGGCUGCAUCAUAAUUAUUUAAGUCGACUGCUCUGUUGACUGUUGCCCCUGUGACUGGUUUCAGUGUCUCCCAUGAAUUGACGGUGUGCUGGUGCACGUGCACCCUAUACACGCCUUGUUACGGGUCUCUCGUCCUUUCCUCACAAUAAAUUCCCCCAAGUGGGCUGACUGCGUCCGAAGGAAUGUCUCCUUACUGCCCCGGCCAUUCAGAAGGGCAUCCUCUUCGACACCUUCCUCUGCUGGGUCAGGUGGCCGCCUCACCUGGCCUGGCUCAGCCCGGGGGCAACUGCUCUGCCCACCCCCCCCCCCCACCUCCCUCAGCUCCAGCAGCCAUCAGGAGCUGUGUGCACCUGCAGGGCACGACCCCAGCAUGUGUGCUGCCGGUCGCCAGGGGGCAUGGUAGAAAUGUAGAUCCCCGGGCCCUCCCAGAGGAUCUGAUUCCAGAGGUUUGCAUGGGCCCGACUCCGCAUUUUGACCAGGGGUUCCUGGCCCAGCCUUAGGGCCUCAACAUCCAAAAACUGGUUCUUUACAAAGUGGGGCAAGUUGUUCACUAAACACCUACUGUGUGCUUAGCCACUGCCCUGCUCCCCAGGCCCGAGGGGACUCAAUAGGUCCAGAAGUCUGAGCUGCACAGGCUGAGUGCGGGAAGGAGGAGUGAGAACAGGACGGGGUCCAGGCUCGGGUCCCUGACCCCAGCCCCUCCACACCGGGAGGCAGCCCAGGACCACACUGUCCCCUGAGCUGGCCUCGGGGUGGACCAAAGCCAAACGCAGUCCCUCGAGCCUUGCUGGCUACUCUGGGCAGAGGGCGCAUGGGCAGAGGCAGCUUCUGAAGCUUGCUGGGGAUGGGGUCUGGGGUGGAGCUGGGGUCCCGAAGGAGCAACUACUGUCCCCAGAAGUGAGUGUGAGAGGAGGGCAGGGACACACCAGCUGCAUCUCCAGCUGUGGUGGCUGCAGGAUGACAGUGGACCCCAUGGUGGUCACAGAGAUGCAGGGUGGCCCAGGGGUGCAGGGUGUCCAAAAGGAGGGCGCCGGUAUCUGAGGAGUGGACCAGGCUGAAAGGCAACAUGGCCUCCAGAGAGACGGGGAGGCAGCGGCUCGGGCUGGUAAUGGAUGCCGAGGGAGGGCAAGGGUGCCCAGAUGCUGUGGGACUGUAUUCCACAGGGAGGCGUGUCCAGGAGCCACUGGGGAGCUGGGCUCUUGCCCUGGGGGGGCACCUGGUCCUGGUGUACCAGAGGAGAGGCGGGGGGAGGCUUUGCCGGGGAGGGGGAGGCGGGAGCUGCCAUCUACACAAGGAUAAAGGAGGGACAGGUGCUGGGACACCCGGAGAGGCAGCCUCUGUUGGUGGGGGAACAAGGGCCUGGACUGUGGGGCCCCCCAGGAGACCAGAGGGUGGCCACAGGGCGGCCCUGGAGGAGGACAGAGGAAAGGGAGAACACGGCAGGAAGCCCAGUCCCGGGGGCCCGAGAUCCAGGCCGGCUGGGCCUGUGGGGGCAGAAGGGACUACUCCAACACCAAACUCUGCUGUCCCAGCCUCGGGGGGGGGACUCCCUCCUGCCCCAGUUCUGGUGGGGGCACUUCCCCCGGAAGAGGGCCCUGGGGCCGCUCCCUUGAGUCUGCCUGUUUGCCGAGGCUCAGCCCGGGGCGGGCGGGCCUCCCCUCCUUCCUGGGUUGGGCGUGCGGCAAGUUCUGGGUCUCCGGGGCUCAGACCUGACCUUGCCCGGGAGCCCCAGGGGCCCUGCCCACUUGCUGCCCUGCAAGCCGGACUCCAGCCCCCAACUGUGCCGUGGGAGGAAUCCUAAUUACCCAGAAAGCUGCCAGGAAAUAAAAAACAUGCCUACAUUUUUCAAAACAAGCUUAUAAAAGGCCUCAGGGGCUUUAUUGUUUUAUUUUUGGCAGAGAAGUCAAAGCAGGAACCAAGGCCCCGCCCGUUUGGAUCUGAUGUUUGCAGAGCAGGGGUGCUAUGGCCUCGGGGGUCCCUGGCUCCCCUCCAGGCCUGCCUGGCCCGCUCAGAGCAGCCCCUCCACCCAGCAAGGGUGGCACUGGCGAGCCCUCAAACUCCCGGCUCAGGGACCCGCCAAACACACGUCACAUACUUUGGGCUGCAGGUCGCCUCCGAGAGGCUCUCCAGGACAUUUCCGCUCUUUCCUGGUUUUAUCCAAGUCGGAAAUGCCACCGGUGCUGUCCUUCUGUGCUUCUCAACAGGCGGCGUGGGGGGGGGGGGGAGGGGGCUGGUCCUGCAGAAAAGGCAUGGGCGCCCUCUGGCCAGCCCCCACACCGCACUGCACACCCAGGCACACACACACGCUCAUGUGCAUAUACACACUCGUACACACUCAUCACCUACACACAGCCACACACUCAUGCACGUACACACACAUGCUCAUAUGCAUAUACACGCUCAUACACUCAUCACAUACACGCUCAUAUAUGUACACACUCAUACACACAUAUGCACACUCAUUAUAUACACACUGUCAUCAUACACAAUCACAACACACACUCAUAAAUAUGCAAACACUCAUGCACAUGUACAGUCAUAUACACACUCAUCUCAUAUACAUCCUCGUACACACAUACACGCUCAUUCAUACAUACACACACUCACACAUAUACACAAUUACACACUCAUACACACGUACAUAUUGAUACACAUGUACACACAGGUACACACUCCUAUACACAAUCACCACACGCCCUCACACACACACAUUCAUACACAGAUACACAUCCUCAUACACACAUACAGACUCAUCACAUACACAUUCAUACAUAUACACACUCAUACACACAUAUACCCUCAUACACAUAAACACACUCAUACACACUUGUACACAUACACUCACACAUACUCAUUACAUACACGCACUCAUACACACACAUACCCUCAUACACAUACUCAUACAUACUCAUAUACAUGCACACACUCUUAUACAUAUAUACACAUACAUAUUCAUACACACAAGCACAUUCUUACACAUACAUAUACUCAUAUACAUACACACUCACACACAUCAUAUAUACACACACAUACACACUCAUCACAUACAUAUGAUCACCCAUUCACCCUCGUAAACGUACACACACUCAUACACACACACACAUAUUCAUACACACAUAUACACCCUCAUACACCCUCAUAUAUACACACUCAUACACAUACUCAUUACAUAUCCACCCUCAUACACACACACUCAUACACAAUGUACGCACUCAUACGCACACUCAUCACAUACACACACACUUAUCACAUGCACACGCACAUACACACAUUCAUCACAUACACGUACACAUAUAUACUCAUACAUACACAGUUAUACACACACUCAUACUCAUAUACACUCAUCACAUACACUCAUGCACAUACGCAUACUCAUAUAUAUAUAUAUACACAUACUCGUACACACGUGUACAUUCGUACGCAUACACACUUAUACACACACUCAUACACAUACAUAUUCACACACACUCAUACACACAUACACUCACACACACAAUACACGCAUGCACACAGACACAUGCCCUUCCCCCAGGUCAAAGAGGGGCCUCUCCACCCCAGGGCCACCUUGCAGUUCACAGAGUCACUGCAGUUUCCUGUUACAUGUGGCUUCGGGGCCUCCCUAACAGCGACCGCCAGCAAUUCCUUCCCUAGGACCAUCAGCCAGCUCAGAGGGGAUUGGAACACCCCCUCCGCUGACUGACCGCAGGCCUCCUGCACCUGCCUGGGACAGGAGAGUGCAGGGGGAUGGCGUGGAGGGUGCAACUGCCGGUCACCCACCCCUGCACUCGGUUCUGUGCUGCACGCAGGCCUCACAAGGUAGCCCGUGUGCAAGUCCCACCCGGGGCUGGGACCCCCAGUGGCGCCUUGUUCUCAGCAGCAGGUGCCUGGACACCAGAGAGACAGCCGCCGUGCGGGAAAGGAGAACUGACCCCAAGGCCUGGCUUAGGGACACCACAGGGUGGCCUCAGGGAGGCCUGGCCACAGGGGUCUGCAGGGAGGGGCUGGGAGCAACAGGUCCUGCAGACCAAUGCAAGCAGGUCCCCUGUCCCCACUGCUCCUGGGGUCUCCCUGUGUCUCUGUGAGAGUGCCGGUGAGCUGGGCAGUGCCCUCAUCUGCCACCAGGUCCCCAUGGCCAGUGGGGGGUGGCCGUUCCAGGCCCCGGGCUCCAGCAAACACCCAGGCCCGUGGCCACGUUUCUGGGGAUUCAGUGGCUCAGUAGUGAUGGUGGGUCCCCCUUCUCUAAGUCACAGGUGCAGAUCAGACCUAAAUGAUUCGUCUAGGACAUUCACCUGGCGACGGGGAGGCACCUGAGGGGGAGUCUGGGCCUAAUCCUUUCUCCUCAGUUUCCGUGUCUGCACCGCAUGUCUCAUAAAGCACUACUGCACGUAGAAAAAUAAUAAUAAAAUUGGAAUUUUGUGGGAAGCGGCAUUUGCCCCACCCUGAAGGAGGGGAGGGACCCCGGUGUGGGGUGGAAAGCGGCAGCCACACGGCUCCCCGCACCCCUCAGCUCCCUGCUCUAGUUCCUCCACACCCAGCCCUCUGGUCCAGCUUGCCCACUCCCCAAACCCCCACCAGACGAGCAGAUGCUCUCAUCUGGGUGAAGGAAGUCCAACAAGGUUCCUGUCCAGGUGACAGCGCCUGCCAGCAGCCCGCUUGCUCAGCCCCCGGGCCCCCACCGCCUUCUCGGCUGUGGUCCUGGCCCGGCCCUGCCCUGGCAGGGAAACAGGGCCGGCUUGUUCUGCCUCCUUCCCGGACCCCUGGGCUCCAGGCCCACACCCGGGGGGUGGGGGGGAGGCGGGCAGCGUCAGUGUGGGAUGGGGGCACACACCACACACACCUGGGGGCUGGACUUGGACUUCAAAGACAGGAGGAAACUCAGUGGUCUGUCUGUAGGAGCCACAGUGGGGAGCA